CCUUUGAUCUUUAUUAAGUCUAUGGUCUAUGCAUAAAUCGAAGAUAUUAAAUAUAAAUAAUAAAAUCUCUGCUAUUAUCAUGUUUAUGUUUUGCUUCUUCUGAAGGAAGAGAAAAGAAAAAAAAUGUCUUCCACAUUAUUGAGAGUCACCCAAAUGAACGCAGUUUACUUGGACAGGGAAAUUUUAAAAGCUUUGCAACAUCUGCUUCAGAGUUCGAUCAAUAAUUUUCCACCAGGCCUGCUAUCUCCUUAUGAAAGAGAGUUACAUCUGCUUUUGAAGUUGGUGAUUCUUCAUUACUCAGUUGUGAGGAAUGGUUCAACAUUCGGUCAGCAAUUGUUGUCCAUUCGAUAUGAGGAAAUAUCUCCAUUAAAAAGGAUUCUCUAUUUAACUUUGAAUUCAUUUGGAUAUUUCAAAGAAAAGUUUGAAAUUUGGAAACCUGCACAUGAAGUGAAUGAUAUUAUAAAACGGGUGUAUUUCGUUAUAAAAGUUUUGGAUUUCAUUAACUUCACCUUGUUUUUAUGUAGGGGGACAAAACCAGGUUUGAUUGAAAGAAUUCUAGGUUUGAAGCAGGUUUACACCGAUGGCAGUACACAGAGAACUUUCAAUUCAAAGUACCUUGCUCGAGAAUUAUUGUGGAAUAGUUUGAUUGAAAUUAUGGUGAAUAUUGUACCACUCAUUAACUUUCAUAAAUUGAAACGACUCAUAAAAGACAAAAAUCCGUUCCACAAAAAGAAAAUUAUACCUAGUGAAGGUAGUCCUCUUAUGCUGUUAACCACUAAAUGCCCUUUUUGUCUGAAGUCCCCAAUUUCACCCCAUCAUAUGGGAUGUUCGCACAUUUUCUGUUAUUACUGUUUGAGAGGAAAUCUUGAAGCAGAUUCAAAAUUUGCUUGUCCUAUUUGUGGACACUGGAAUGAGAACAUUUUGUGCGAAAGAUUGGUAGUUCAUUGAAAUACAUAUUGUCAUUGUACUCCUUGUUGAAAAUUCCAAAAAUUAUUUUCAUAAUUUAUUUACAAUAAAGCAUUUAUUGUGA